UUUCCCCGCACAGAGAAAGAGAGAGACUCUCUGUGUGCGUGUGUUGAGAGAAGAGGGGGAGGCGCGGCGAGUUGGUCUCUCCCGAUCUCUUUUCAGGAGGGAGGGAAGAAAGACGCGAAGAGAGAGACAGAGAGUCAGACUCCGCGCCGGCGGGCGGGCGCGCGAAGCAAAACAAGACACGCACAAGGAGGAACCGACCGUUUCUCGCCCGACCGCCUGGGACCUUUCGUUUCUCCAUUCGGAUUAUAGCAGGAAGAGCUUCAGCGAAGGCAGGAGCUGGAGCAGCGGCGGGGACGAGGACAAUAACAACAACGGCUGUGGCGGCCCCAUGUUUUCCCCCAGCCAGGAGGAGCACUGCGCGCCCAACAAGGAGCCCGUCAAAUACGGAGAGCUGGUGGUCCUGGGGUACAAUGGAUCCCUUCCUAAUGGUGAUAGGGGGCGAAGGAAAAGCAGGUUUGCUCUCUAUAAGAGACUUAAAGCAAAUGGCGUCAAACCCAGCACAGUCCAUGUGAUCUCAACACCUCAAGCAUCCAAGGCCAUCAGCUGUAAAGGGCAACAUAGUAUUUCCUACACACUCUCAAGAAAUCAGACUGUUGUAGUGGAAUAUACACACGAUAAAGAUACAGAUAUGUUUCAGGUUGGUAGAUCGACUGAGAGCCCCAUAGAUUUUGUUGUAACAGAUACAAUUUCUGGCAGCCAGAACAGUGAUGAAACUCAGAUCACCCAAAGCACUAUCUCCCGGUUUGCAUGCCGUAUUGUCUGCGAUAGGAAUGCACCAUAUACGGCCAGAAUCUUUGCAGCAGGAUUUGACUCUUCAAAAAACAUAUUUCUUGGGGAAAAAGCAGCAAAGUGGAAGAAUCCUGAUGGACACAUGGAUGGAUUAACAACAAAUGGGGUUCUAGUCAUGCAUCCUAAAGGAGGUUUCACUGAAGAAUCUAAACCUGGCGUUUGGAGAGAGAUUUCGGUUUGUGGAGAUGUGUAUACUCUGCGUGAAACAAGAUCAGCUCAGCAAAGGGGCAAGCUAGUAGAAAAUGAAACCAAUGUCCUUCAGGAUGGUUCUCUUGUUGAUCUGUGUGGAGCCACACUCCUGUGGAGAACGGCAGAUGGCUUAUUUCACACUCCAACUCAGAAACACAUUGAGGCUCUCCGGCAAGAGAUCAAUGCUGGGAGGCCUCAGUGCCCUGUGGGGCUGAAUACGCUGGCGUUUCCCAGUAUCAACCGCAAAGAAGUGGUAGAAGAAAAACAACCAUGGGCUUACCUCAGCUGUGGCCACGUCCAUGGCUAUCACAAUUGGGGACAUCGCAGUGACACAGAAGCCAAUGAGCGUGAGUGUCCCAUGUGCAGAACCGUUGGUCCCUAUGUGCCUCUCUGGCUUGGCUGUGAGGCAGGCUUUUAUGUUGAUGCUGGUCCGCCGACUUAUGCUUUCACCCCCUGUGGCCACGUGUGCUCUGAAAAGUCUGCCAAAUACUGGUCACAGAUCCCACUGCCACACGGUACUCAUGCGUUCCAUGCUGCCUGUCCUUUCUGCGCUACUCAGCUCUCUGGAGAUCAGAACUGCGUCAAACUUAUUUUUCAGGGUCCAAUUGACUGAUGCCAUUUUACAGAUGACUUCAAUAAAGCUCACUUUCUUAACAAUUUACUGUGAAGAUAAAGAAUUUGCCACUAACUCCAGAUUUUACCCCCCUUUUAUAGGAUUGUUAUUAAUGAGGGCUUUGGGUGGGGAGGGUGAAUUAGCAGUUGGGGAUACCAUAGGGUGUGAAGGUACAUUGAUACCUGGAACCAAACAGUUAUCAGCGGCAUUGCAUGCUUAACAGCAGCAUGUUCAUGAUGACAACUUCUUGGUCAAACUGUAGUAUAUUUGUAAUAUUUGUAAGAACAGAAAAAACCAAUGUCUUAAUGAUUUUUUUAAUCUUGGAUUUUGUAACUGAAAUGCUUUUCUUCUAAACUUUGACAAGCCUUUAAGACACAUAUUUUUUCAACCUAAAAGAAGCAUUCGGAAUGUAAUUUGUCUGUCCUCUCUCUCUUUUUUAAUUUGCAAUAUAAUUAACUUGAAUAGUUCAUUCUCAAAGAGGAUGUACCGAAUGUGUGGGUAAACCUUGUGUAGGUGUAGGUGAAUGUUCACGAGAGACAUGCAUUUAACAAGCUGUGAACAUGAAAGGUUAGCUUCAUGAACAAUAGCACAAACAUAAGGAAUUCUGCAGUGUGGUGUAAUGCAGCUGUCCAAAAAAAGACACAAUUACUUGAAAUUUGGGGAUCAUUUUGUCUUGGCCACUUCCCAUGUUAUGUUUUUUUUUUGACACAGGGGUAUCUUUUUUCUUCCCCCCCCCCCCCCCUUUAACAAUAUUUGUAAAACAUAAUGUGGGUAUGCUUCAAGAUACGGGUUGUUUGGUCCAACAGAUUUGUGGGAUAUGUUUUUGAUGUGCAAAAAGGAUGAUUUUUGAGUUUCUAAGCCAGUCCAGGUAUCUGGCAGUGAUUGUAUUACCAUCUUGCCCUGUCUUCUGCUGUUUCAACAUGUCACAGAAUUGUUCUUCAAGGUUCAAUAUGAGGCCAGUUCAUGGUUAACUUUCAUCAUCUUCCUGCAUCACCAUGGCGCUGCUUUUCUGUGGCUUCAUCCCACUUGUGUGUGUAUGGUCCUAGUCUUUCACAAAGGUCCUUCCUAACUAGGUUAACCCUGUCUAUUUGGCUUCAUCCUUUUCAGGUGUUACCACAUUACAUGGACUGAAGCCUUAGAAAAGUGACACUGUUGGCAAUAUAAGUAGCAUGGUGCAGAACUCUUCAUUAUGAAUGGAAGUACAUUUCUCAGCAAUCCAGUAGUGAUAAGGCACAAUAUGUAAAAAGGCUUCUUCGAUUUUCCAUUUGGUGUGAUUUAUAUAUUUUAAAAAACACAUAUCCAGUCAUUUGUACUAUUUUAAUAAUUUCUAAUAAUUAACUCUUUGAUUAAUAAAUUACCUCUGCCUUUUGGUGUUUAUUCCAGUUGCCCUUGCAUGCCUUGGAUCUGUGGGCAAGUAGAGGUACCAACCCAUUCUAAAUCCAGUUUUUUAAUUGAGUUCCCUCACCUCUCUAGAGAGAAUAUUUUGGUCUUUUUCUUGCAGGAAUUAUAUAUGUAUUAGUCUUAUUCUAAUAGACAGUUUCAGGCACUCCUAGUCUUUGCUGUCUGUAGGUGGGUUUCUAAUAAUUCACUUGAUUGGGUGUUUCAUAACUAUUGAAAUCUGUCAUUAAUUUGUUUUAAGCUUGUCUCUGUGAUGCCACCCUUACUGAGCAAACAUUUUUCAAUAGUUAAUAAUUGAUUGAUUUACAUCCCAGUUUGCUAUCUAGCCCCUUGUAGUUCUGAGUAAUGUAUUUAUUUUACCAUCAGAUGUCACUUCUAAGAUUAAUUCAUGGCCAGGUGACUUAAAAUUCCUGACUUGGGAGUAGUUGAAAAAGAGGCAGUAAUUAUUGCUCUCUCAGAAAAUUAGUAGAUUUGGACUUGCCUGUACGUUUCAGCAUCACUUCAGUGUUAGCAUUUCCAUUUGUUUUGGAUAUUUUAGCUUUUUUUUUCUAUACUGAUAGGUAUUAGUUUUUCCAUGUUUGAAUGAAAAAAAGAUUCCAGGGCAGAAAUUCAUUACACAUCCAAAGUGAACUAGGCACAAAGGGGUUGUCUUCUUUCUGUUAAAUUCUCAGCAAGUACUUGCUGUGUUUAUGUCCUUUGUAUAGAUAAAUAAUUUAUAUGAUUUUAAUAUAUUGUAUAUAUACUUGAAUUGGCCUGUUGCUACUUUGGAUGUAAUACUGUUUUAUAGUUAACCCUUUUAUUCAGUGUCCGUUGCCUACUGGGUGGUGGAACAAGUUGUUUUUAUUUGCUGCUGUCUAAUAUAAUUUUCUGUAUAAUGUGUUCAGCGCUUAUACACCCACUUCUUUUAUUUGGAAAGAUUUCACUCACUCUGUAGCAUUAUGUUGGUAAUUUGCUUAACCCACUCAUUAGAUUGGGAAAUAGGGCCAAUGGUUUUCAGAACAUUUUUAUCCUAGUGCCUUGUAAAACAGACUGCUCCUUGCCUUCUAUCCCAUAAGACAGACAUGUAGCUCAGAUUGCUGUGGUUGUUAUUUCCAUAAUUUGUAAGGUCCCCAACAGUGUUCUCGUCUUCUAGCUUAGGUGCCUGAGGUCCUUUUGUAUUCAGUCCAUUCUCCAGACUGUGCUAUCCAGAAGCCUCCUGCUGACUGAAACAAUGCCAUAAAAACAAAUUAUUUUAAUAACGACUUUGUCAACUUCAUGGGCUGAAAAAUUGACCCUAUGAAAGCUUGAAUUGUUCCCAUAAUUAGGUUUAUUUCAUAUGUGAAUGUUUGCCUGUAACUGCCCAGACAUCUCCACUACAAAUGUUCAUAAUAUGUAGCCUGUUCUAGGGUUCAUUAAGGAAGAGUCCAUUGGACUGGCUGAACGUGUAAUUCUGAAUCCUCUCUUGUGAUCCUAGGUAUUGAUAGCUGUUGCUGAUGGGUUUGGGAGAAUAACAAGAUGAUGGACAUUAAUAGCUAAUUUUAGCACUGUGUCUUUUGGAAGUGUUGACAUCAUCCCACUUGUCGACUUAUUUUUCUGUGAGAAAUAAAUAUUUUAAAGAUUGGAAUCAGAAAUAGGCUACACCAGUUAAAACUCUCCUGAAACAAUAACUCUUCUGGCAAGCUGUUCUACCUAAAGAUUUUGUGGUGUAAGAAUUAUGAAGAUGAGAAAACUAGAUCAGAAGUCCUCUCUAAGUUGAUUUAGUUUUUCAACUUCACAAUCCCUACACUUUUCUAGUUCAAGGUUAGAUUUUCUGUUUCUUCAUCUCACAGAAAGGCUCAAGUCAAGAAGUGAAUAUCUGUUUGUAAUGAAAAGAUGUCGCAUGUUUCCUUAUUUUGGUUCCUGGAUGGGUUUUUUUCUGGAUGUUGUCUCUUUUUGUCUCUUUCUGUUUUUGUCCACCAUUAUGUCUCCAGGAUACAACUUGCUCAUCUCUGAAUGAAGCAGAGAGUGUUUGAGGAUCGAGACAACCUGCUCAGAAACCAAUUUGAAAAACAUUUUUCAAAUACUUCCUUUGUUGUGAGUUGGUAGCUGUUUUUUCUUCUUUGCAUAUUAUUUUCCCAAACCAGACAGCAAAAGUGGAUUCCAUAAGUAAGAAUACUGAGCGCUUUAUUCCAUUUUAUUCAAAUAGAACUGAGAGCUACCGAAGUACAACUCUUAAUUCACUUUGUGUGUAUGUUUUUCAUCUAUUGAAUCCUCGCUAUGUGGCUCAUAUAUUAUGCAGUUUGAACACUCCUCGUACAGAGGAAUGGUUUUGUGUAUCCCCCCCCCCCCCCCCAAAGACUGCAUACUGAAUUGGAUGAUCAUGUUCUGCCCUUGAACUGUGGUCAUUUCACAAAUACAUCCAAGCACAUUAAUUUAUAUUGAUUUUGUCCUAUGCUAGUCAUGGAAUGAUGUUACCUCAGUGCCUCAGGAUAGCCUUGUAAAGAUAGUAGGAAGAAAUGUACAUUGGGGAAUGGGUUGAGAGAUAUGAGAGGAAGAAGGGCAUUUUAAAGAUCUAUCUCCAUGUGGAGUAGGAAGCCAAUUCUAAUGCAAAUGUGUGCCAGUAAGUAGCACUGUGUGCAGUUGCAGAUCUUUCAGUGUCUUCUUUAAAAUCUUCUUAAACUGACUAUUCCAAACAGAAUGUCUCUCACCAAUUAGAUUUUCUUCUCAAGUAACAAUGAUCUUAUUUAGGUUGUUCGUAUGAUCAGUCAUUUUUAGUCUGAGAUGGGUAUACUAUUUGCUAGGUUCAAUAUUCUUUCUGUACAUCUUUCUUUAUCUUCUUUCUAGUUUUGUUCAUUAUGACACUCCUCUUUUGUGACUUUCUGAUGUCACCUUGCCUUAGCAAAGCUCUUCUUUGAGUUAAGGGCUUGAUGCAGUAGUUGUGUUUUUAUUUGGGCCUGUAACUCUUGCUACUUAAGUAUUUGGCAGAUAAAUGAAGCUUCCACCACUGCUAAAACAAGUUUUAGAUUUCCUUAAGGGACACUUCCAAUCUCUCUCCUUCAUUUACCCCCAGAGGCAAUGGUACUAUGUGGUAGCACAGGCUUCAAACUCUAUGCAGAGCUUACUAUCUAUAUGAGAGAUCCCAUAGUGUGUAGUGUAAGGAAUAAAUGGCUCUUGUUAACCUCCAGGCAAUGGUUCCUUCUAGUUAGGUUCUGCUGAGGAAAUUCUGCUAUGUCUUUGUACUGGCAUUGGUACCUAUUCAAUAAUAUUCAUAUAAUGUAUUUGUGGUAUCCUUUGCUCUUUCAAGUCUAAAAAUCAAAAGAACAUAUUAUCUUGGCACAAUUCAGAUUUUGCCUCCAUAUUUCAAGAAAAUAUGACUGAGCUUUUUCAGAGUCCGAGGAAAUCUUGCAGAUAAUGAGAAGUUAGAGUCUACCUUGUGUGUUCCUUUUAAAAGGGGACUCUGUCCAUUCCAACAGGCUUCCAUUUCUGAUCUUUCCCAAUCUCGUAACAGUGACCCACAAGGCAUAGGCAGUGAGUUUUCCACAUGGUAAAAAAGCCAUUUUAUGCUAUAUAGGAAAGCUUCAAAAUAUUCUUGUAACUAAAUGUGAAAACUGUUGACUAGUAUAUCCAUUUUGUGUGCAUCAUUCUCUGUAAACAACAAAGCAAUGUGAUUCUCUUUAGUAUUCAUAACUUAUCAUUACCGAUCUAUUCUUCUUUAGUUUUAUUACUAUCAACCAGUAAUAUUCUGAUUGCAAACCCGUUUUUUUCCCGCUGAUGCUUACUUGUCUUUCUCAUGGCAUUGAAAUAACUUAAUGGACGAGCAGUUGUUAAUGUCUGUAGGGAAAAAGUAUAUUUAAACUGUCCUGUUGCCUACAAUGGAUUUAUGAUGGCUCAGUGUUUCAUGAAGGUUGUUGACACUUCAGGCAAUUCCCUCUAGUGCCACUGCUUUUAGAGACAUACAUUCGAUGUAGGAAAUUCCCUAAUAAUUUCUUCCCCUGUUCCCAUUCUCUUUUGUGUUGCAAAAUGGUUUAUAAUGGCUGUGCCUUAGCCGACAACACUAGCCCAGUGAUCCAUGCAGCUUGGCAAAAGCGUUUGAGCAUGGUUCUUUAAUUUUAAAGGUUUUUUAAUGGCUUGAAAAAUAAUAUCAAAUAGUCCCAAGUCCCCCUUAAAACUAAUGGUACUUCUGAGGUUUGAUAAGCAAUUUAAUUUUAUAGGCACAGAACAUACAUGUAAUGUUUUGAAAGGGGGGCAUGAAGAUUGAGUAAAAAAGGAUUCCUUGGAACCUAUAUCCAGGUAAGAUGUGCAUUUUUUGAUCCAAGAGUGUUGUUGCUUUUUAAUGCAGAAAAAGAUCUGUCACACAGGGAUGUCAUGAGUCUGACAAGUGAUAAAAUUACUUGGACACCUGCGCAGAGGCCGAUGGCUAAAAUGAUGGCUGAGACAAUUGCCCACAGGUUUGUCCAGCAGAAAAGCUGUGUAUAUUUCCCUUCACUUAUUCUUAGUUAACAUAAAUUGAUUUUGUUUCUAGAUUGAUGUAUCCAAAGGCUUUAGACUGCAUCUCUUAGAAUAAAGUCUUUUUUUUUUUUUUGGCAAGGAUGUAGUUGGAGAUGUCUGGCAGCUGCUAGUAGUGAUGUUUCUUUUCUCAGCCUUGAUGUUCAAGAUUCAGGUGCCAGGGAUGGAGUCUGGAACUACAUUCCUGGAAUGCAAUUUGUUUACCAAUGAGCCAUGGAUGUUCCCAAGACUCCUCCAGGACUUUGCCAUGUUAUCUGGGAAAGAUGCCAGAAGCAGGCCUUCAGCACACCCACUCUUAAUACAGAAAACCAUUUCGAUGCCCACCUCAGGAUACAAACACCUCAGUGGAACUGUAGCAUGAUCCUCAGGACUGAUGUUUUUGUGAACAGUCUUGAGUCGUCAACCGGUAAAAUAUGUGGUUUCUAUAUCCCAAAUGGUAAACAAAAAACACCUUCUGCCUGUGAUGAAGAACUUGCAUCCUGUUCAUGAUAGAGUGCACACAGGAUGUUGUUUAUAUUAUUACUACCCCACCACCCUGUAUAGCUCAAAAGUAAUGUCUGAAGUAGUUCUAAUUCUAAUGGUAACUCAGGCACAAAAUGACUUUGAUUCCCCAGCUGGGUUCAGCUGGUGAUUUCCUGCACUAGGAUAGUUGUAGAAUUCUGUUUGUUUAUUUGGGGCAUCCAUCUGGCUUUUGAAGUCCUUUGUCAUGAAAACAGAAUGUGCAAAAGGAUCUCAAGGAAAUUCCUAUUAUAAGGGGAAGGAAUGGUCAAUGAUAGAGGGUCAGCUAUCAGUUGGGUAAUUUACCUCUUGUUAUUAAUCCCAUUGAGAAACUCUUAAUGAUAAGUCUUCACAGUUUAUCAUGGUUUCUAUAAUCCAGCAGUUAGUUCCUACUAGAGUAGACUUCUUGACUCAAUAGGAACUUGGUAAGUCAGCACUUCUGUAAGUUCCAUUCAGUGUGGUUACUAUAGUUGGAACUAAUAAUUGAGCAUAGGGUCAUUAGCCAGUAGUUGAACAUUUUGCAGGAAAUUCAUCCGGGGAGGAUGACCAUCAUAUGUCCAACAAAUUAAACUUCCAAAUCAUUAAAGGAUCCUGUUACCUUUCCCUUUAGUUAUCUGUUUGUCCUUUCCAUACAUGAGAUAACUUUUCAGUUAUAAAGACUGAUUUAGAAGGAGCAGGCAUAUAAUGCAGUUGCAGGGGUGGGGGUAUAUUUGUGUGUGUGUGUUUUGUAUGGUCCUGGAAAUUUGAGCCUCAAUGCAAAACUUGUUUGUCAUUCAUUCCCAAUAUGCCCAUUGGGAAUGGGCAAGGGUGGAAAUGUUUUCUUCAGUAUGUUACCAGCUGUUAAUGUUCUGAGUUAUGUUUGUGAAAUCUGGUCUUUUAUACAUCAUUGUGAAUGGAUAUUAACACAAUUUACCUGUUGUACAUUUUGGAAGUACAAGCCAUUUUACAGGAGAGGAAAACAAAUUAAAAAGGUAUUCCAGUAUUA